UCCUCCUCCUCUUCAGAGGUCGAUCUAACAUUCCAGGGGAUUUGAUCAGUGAAAGCAAUGAUGAAGAGUGUUGCUUUCGAGGAGAAGGAAAUGGCGCGGGUGCUUCUGCUGGUGUCGCGGGAGCAAGCGAUGCAGAUGGCUAUGCCCAUGCCGGUACCAGUGGCCCUGCGCGGUGACCGCUCGCCGGAACGCGCGUUCGUGUGCAAGACCUGCGGCCGGGUGUUCCAGUCGUUCCAGGCGCUGGGCGGGCACCGCGCCAGCCACAAGAAGCCGCUGCUGGACGGCGACGACCUCAAGCCCAAGCUGCACGGCUGCUCCGUCUGCGGCCUCGAGUUCGCCAUCGGCCAGGCGCUCGGCGGCCACAUGCGGCGCCACCGCGCCAUGGGCGGCGUCAUGGCGCCGCUGGCGGUGAUCAAGAAGCCCCGCGGGGUUGCUGUUGGCGCCGGCAACAAGCGCGGGCUGUGGCUCGACCUGAACCAUCCGCCUUGCGGCGACGACGCCGAUCACGGCGAGUGCGGCCACGACGCUGCUGCCGCCGGGUACAAGUUCCAUCAGUUUUUGGACACUGGGAUCAUGGCGGUCGACUGCGUCUAG